GGUUAGGUAGUCUUACUGAAACUGAUAAAGGAAGGGUUAGGAGGAAGAAACGAGCCGUUACCAUAAAACAUUUUACCCCUCGACUCAAUUGAGACGUAUUGUUCAAAUAUAGACUAGGUAUCGUCUACUCCAAGGGUGGCUUAAAAGCCAAGACUGGAUUUUCCUUCAAUAUCGCCUUAAUUUACACUACGCAGAAAACUCAUGGGCAAGGUCAAGUGUAUAUUAUCGCCCUAACAUUUAUCGUAGCUUGGUAUCUACGACGACUACACAAUAAGGUGAAAAAAAAAAAAACAUGGGUUACCAAAAACUAUUACUCGUUCUCUUCACCGUUGUCGCCGCGGUCCGAGCAGCGCCGUUUUUGCAACCUGUGUUAUUCCAUGCCACAUCUGUUGUCGAGACUUCGCAUAAUGGGGCUUGGGCUGAUCAUACGAUAUGCCCAGCCGACUAUUUCAGCUAUAUGACAGAGAAGGGCUUCUUCAGUUUCGGCUGGUGGGGAUUAAGAAGCAACAGCGGUAAUGGAACGUACUUCACGCCAGAUGCCGAUCUGUUCCACUGGUUCGAGCUUGGCGAGAGGGAGUCGUGUGACAGCGCUACCGGAACUUGUCUAUACAGCACGCAAAACGUACCUAUUCGCUUUGAGAAUUAUGCGCAGCCGCCACAUUGCGCACCAAUGCCACUUAAGUACGUUGAACGAUCGCUUGGUCUAGGAGAUGACGAUGAGGAUCGGGUGGAAUUGACUUACACUGAUGAUGACGGGGUCCAAGCUCAGGGGUUAAGCACGAGACGGAAACUGAGCGGCGACCCUAGUGUAGCGGGGACAUGCCACAAGGCGCUGCGCAUAUUGAAGCAGCUUUACGAGCAACACGAUAUCGACUUGGGAUUUGAGAUUGGAAACCCAUGUGCGCAAGAAACAAGUAUAGACCAACAGGAGGUAUCAGAGUUAUAGUUAGUUAUAGUUACCUACAAAUAUAAACGUUAGUUCUUAGAGG